AUGGCCUCAUCAAGGACCCUCCCAGAGAAGCGGAACCCGCUGAUGACCGAGGGUGUGCCCGAGUAUGCCGAGCUUAUCUCCCGCCGACGCCUCGGACAGACUCAGCUCACUCCGCGCAUGGUUGCUACGAUCCCGGGGACAGAGAUUGACCCCUCCAGCCUGGGCGCCUUCGACUACGCGCACUUGCGCGCACCUCUCCCCAAGGGCAUUGCUUCAGGCAUCUUCAAGUCCAGCCCCAGCAGUUACUUCCUGAUGCGCCGCAGCCACGACGGCUUCGUCUCCGCGACCGGCAUGUUCAAGGCCACCUUCCCCUACGCCGAGGCGCAUGAAGAGGAGGCCGAGCGCAAGUUCAUCAAGGCGAUCGAGACUACUAGUCCCGAGGAGACGGCUGGAAACAUCUGGAUCCCCCCAGAGCAGGCACUUGGCCUGGCUGAGGAAUAUGGUAUUGUGCCCUGGAUCCGGGCUUUGCUUGAUCCAUCCGACAUCCAGGUCUCUGGUGGAAAUGAAGGAGCGAGCCCGCCCAAGAAGAUCUCGGCUCCGCCAAAGUUCUUCCACGGCCAGCCCAACCUUGCACCCCCGACGCCAACGUCGCUUCCGCGGAGCUCUCGCGCAAGGCGAUCUGCUAGCCCGUCCAAGUCUACCGGCACCAAGAAGGCUGCAGCAAGCCCGCGCAAGCGCUCCUCAAAGGCCGCCGCGGCUGCUCAGCAGGCAGCCUCCGAGACUCCUGCUCCCAGCUCCAAGGCCUCAGCAUCUCCGAGUCUCGUGAACGGAGAAUCUGCUGCUCAGCCUGACACUCCAAUGACCGAGGAUUCCGAGAAGCCCGUAGCCGAGAACGCGGCCGUAGAACCUCCAGCACUGCUUGCGCCAGUCGAGGAAGAUCCCAAAGUCAAGAUCAACGUGGAUCAGAACGUCAAGGUCGACACAGAUGGCGUUGAGACCACGGUCACCAAUGUCGAGGUUGAGGUCCCUAUGGCGGGCGAGCCUCCCUCAGCUGAGGAGAUGGCUCGCAUGCUCGCCGAGGCGAGGGAAAUGGUGCAGCCGGCCAUAGAGGCAGCGAGCAGCAACACACCCACAGCCAAGAAGAGCAAGCGCAAGGCCGAUGACAUUACGGUCGGAGACAAGGACGAGGAGACCAAGGAGAAUGCGGCAGAAAACGCCCCCGAGGAGCCGCGGGCGAAGAAGGUCAAGACGGAAGUUGAACUGAAAAAGGAGCGCGUCCGGAAGCGGGCGUUGCUGGGCAUUAGUGCAACUCUGGCAGUGGGGGCCUUGGUUCCCUAUGUUAUGGGCAUGCUGUAA